CUAUGAAACAGAGGCCUUAUCUGUCGAGUCAUGGACUCCAUGGACUCAAUAAAACCUCUGAAGGUGUCUGACACCAACAGCACACAGUGCAUGUUGGUUCACUGGAAAGUUUCUGCUGCAAUAAAUGGAACUGAACCUUAUUAGUAUCAUUGAAAACAGCUGCUGCUGUUGUCUAUUUGGAGGCCAAAAGUCAACACCCUGAACUCUGCCACUGCUUUGUGGCACAUUAUCCUGUUGAAAGAGGCCAUCAGGGAAUACAGUUUCCAAGAAAGGGUGUACAAAUCCACGUGAUGUAAAAGAAACCAUCAUUCAUCAAACCAUGCCACCUUCUUCUCUUGCUCUUUGGUCCAGUCCUGAUGCUCCCAUGCCCACUGUUGGAUAGGGGUCAACACAGGCACCCUAACUGGCCAACAGACUGUGAUGCAUGCGAUGUGUUCUGACUCCUUUCCAUCAGAACCAGCAUUUACUUUUUCAACAAUUCAAAGAGCUGCAGUAGCUCGUCUGUUGGUCGGACCACAUGGGCCAGCCUUCGCUCCCCAUGUGAAUCAAUGAGUCUUGGCUGCCCAUGACACUUUAGUGAUCUUUAGUUUACUGUCACCCACUGACAGGUGCCUUGAUAACAAGAGGUGUCAGAUCACAAGCUGCAUCUUGUGCCUCAAGGCCUGCAGGGGGCAUUGCAGAGCUGAGGCCGUCAAAAACAACUUACCGCAGCACAUUCAGUGUUUCUGCUGGAGCAGGUGAAUGUAGGUGAACAACAAUGUCAUGACACACUGCAGUGCUGACUUGACCCAAUUAAGAGGUGGAUGCAGUAAAGACAGAUCAGUGGAUAAAGACACUGCCCUCUGUUAUCCAGUGGAGUUGAUCAACUGCCGGGUUGGACUCUGACCUACCCAGAAGCCAUGUGAUUCCCAUCAGUGUGUGUGUGUCAGAAUAGCGUGAGGAAGUGUGUCUCUAACCUCUAUGUAAGAUGACAGCAAGUCCUUUUCAACGCCUCGAGGGACUGAACAAACUCGUAUGACACACAGCAGAGGUGGAUCCAUUUUGGGGGACGUCUUCUUCUUCUUCUUCAGACUUUCUGUGGACUGAUCCGGCUGCAGCAUGGCUCUGCUGAUCCAUCUGCUGGCCUGUGCCUUUGGUCUGGGCUCUUGGGUGGCGGUGAACGGUCUGUGGGUGGAACUGCCACUCAUCGUCAACACUCUCCCGGAGGGCUGGGAGCUCCCUUCUUACCUGACUGUCAUCAUCCAGUUGGCCAACCUUGGACCUCUGUUGGUCACCCUCAUGCACAAACUGUGCCCGGGUCGUCUUAAAGAGAAGGUUGUGAUUUACUCCAUCCUCUCCAUUGGGAUCGUCUCCUGCGUCUUGCUCGCCUUCUUCUGGGACAAGACGACGAUAGUGGCCGGGGCGUCACGCAGCACUGCCUUCUUCAUCAUCACCUUCUUCCUCUCUCUGGUGGACUGCACCUCCUCUGUUACCUUCCUGCCUUUCAUGAUGCAGCUUCCAGCUAAAUAUGUCACCACGUACUUUAUUGGCGAAGGGCUGAGCGGUUUCAUUCCUGCUGUAGUCGCUCUGGCACAAGGUGUGGGCAUCGCCAAAUGUGUCAACUCCUCUGAGGGAAACCACACAAGCGGGGACAUGUGGUCAAUACAUACGGUGUAUCUUCCUCCCAACUUUUCCACCGAGGUGUUUUUCUUCUUCCUAGCACUCAUGAUGUGCGUAAGCUUGGCUGCUUUCAUCGCACUGAACAGGCUUCCUCGGACAUACGAGCUGUCGACCGAAAACCUUGUGCCAGACACUGUGGCAUCUGUCAGCUCCGGCCUGGACAACCCUGGAGCAGAGACUGAUGGGAAGGGUGUGAAAUGUCAGGCUGAGGGGGAAGCCCAGAGCAAGCUUCUGCAGGCCAGAUCUAAACACUCCGUGUACCAGAUGACAUUCAUCUACUUUCUGGUGGUUUGGGCUAAUGCUGCCACCAAUGGCCUGCUGCCCUCUGUGCAGACGUACUCCUGUAUGCCCUACGGCAACCUGGCCUAUCACCUUUCUGCUGCUCUGUCGUCAGUGGCUAACCCACUAGCGUGCACCAUUGCAAUGUUCUUCCAAAAAAGGUCGCUCGUCUUUCUUGGCGCGCUGACAGUGUUGGGCACAGGGUUUGGCAGCUAUAACAUGGCUAUGGCAGCUAUGAGUCCGUGUCCUUUGCUUCAAGGAUCUGCGGUGGGAGAGACGAUCAUCGUGCUCUCGUGGCUCUUCUUCACCGGGACGCUCACUUACGUCAAAGUGAUGGUCGGUGUUAUCCUGAGAGACCGGAGCCACAUCGCCCUGGUCUGGUGUGGUGCUGCGUCACAGAUGGGCUCGCUCGUCGGCUCGGUCACCAUGUUCCCGUUGGUGAACGUGUACCAACUGUUUAAAUCGGGAGACUUCUGCAACACGAAAUGUCCUUUAUGACGACUGAUCUGAGAGCUACAGGACCGAGGAGGCUGGAGACGCUCCUAGUUUGAUGAAUACCGCUCUCUUGUCUGAGGUGGGAGUUAAUUAGUGUAGCUUAGCCUAAAGACUGGAGGCAGUGGCUAGCCUAGCUUUGUCCAAAGGUAACUUAUUUUUACAUUUCAGUAUUGGCAUUAAGCAAGCAAGUUUAAACAUGGCUUUUAGUGGCACGAGUAAACAAAUACUUUAAGCAUAGAUCGAGGCUAACUGUUUCCAGUCUUUAUGCUGCCCACAUCUCGUCUUUCUCUCAACAUAAAAAACAAAAUGUGUUUCCCGAAAUGUCAAACUACUCCGAGGUUCUUCUCUAGGACCUCCAUUAUUCAUCCUUUUUAUUUUUAAGAAGUGAUGUUUUUAUCAUUUUAAAGCCACGUUUGCACUUUUUAAUUUAUCACCGUUUGUGUCAAAGUUCUUCGAUAGACUAUGUAUGAUGGGAAAAUAUAUUAACUUGCAUAAAUAUUAAAUAUUUAGUUCAGAUCCAGGUACUUUUUUUCAAUUCUAAUUGUUUUUGUCCACUAGAUGGCACAAGCACGCUUCUGUAUGUCAGCACCUGUCGUCACAUUCAUGCAGGUGCUCAGUGACCACAAAUCCUGACACAUGAAAUAUAUUCAUGCAUGUAUCUAAUAAAAAAGCUAAUAAAAAGAGGCUGUCCAUGCAUUUUAUCACUGUGAAUAUGACAAACAGUCGCUACAUUUAGAGUGUGAGACUACCAGCUGCAGUCAGAUGUAAUGUAGACGUCCAGGUGUUGGACAGCAGAAGUCCUGCAGUAAAUAUUAUAAAUAUAUUAACUCUGUUAUUUAAUGUACUGUUAGGUGUACCCAGUGAUGGAAAGUAACUAGUAAGUAGAUUUACUCUAGACCUGUACUUCAGUACAAUUUUUGAGGUACUUGUACUCUUUCUGGCUGUUUUCUGAAAUAUUAAAUCUAGUUACUAAUACUAAUACUAAUAUAAAAUACUAGUUUGUUUACAAUAUGGCUAAGAUUUCAUGAUAUUAUCGCCACUGUAGCAACCACUAUCAGUUAAAUAAGGCUGCUGAGAGGCUAAGCAGGCUCUUCAUAUUGGGACUUCUUCUAAUCAAAGAUCCACAGAAUAACAACUUAACUUAUAAUGUAACAAAACUAGAUGAAAUGAAAAUAUUUGAGCCUCACUCUUUGUCUGAAUCCCGCCACAGAGUAAACAGGUAAAAUAAGAUGGACCCACACCCUCUGUGCCAAUAACGGGAAUGAUGUGAUCCAGAGAACGUGUGUUAACUAAACAAAUGGACUUCUUCUAGCUUCUACUGUGAUAUUUAUAGAAAAAUAUUGAUGCUAUCAGUGAAAUUCACCUUUAAGUUUUGUGUCUUUGUGUGUUUUGUCUGUGAGUUACCGUCACCUUCACUGUUGGAGUGUGAACAACAAGGCGAGACUUUUUUUAAAUAUCAUGGUUGUCGUCAUCAUAAACUGACUUUACAGAUAUGAGAAAUAAAAAUAUGAGUUUAUAAAAUACAA